AUGAGUACUCCGAGCCCCAUGGAGAUCUACGAUCAAAACCCCCAACACGCCGAUGAUAUCCCUGACCAAAACGGCGUCGUCCAACUCGUCGCUUCAACUCCUCCCGUCAUUCCCCAGGACAAAGUCCUCGUUUCAGUUGAGGUUUGCCUCAAGGCGUCGAGCACUGCUCGGAUUGACGAUGUGCGGUCAGCUGUUGAGAGAAUGCUUGAGAAGAGGAGUUUGAGCUAUACUGAUGGACCCGUGCCGGUGCCGCCUGAUGAUCUGUUCCUCACAGAAAAUGUGGAAAGAAUCUGUAUUUGUGACACUGAUGAGUGGGUGCAGAAUCAUGACAUCCUUUUGUUCUGGCAAGCGAGGCCUGUUGUGCAUGUGUUUCAGCUUAGUGAAGAGGGAGCAUGUGAGGAUGUAAGUGGGGAUGGACAACCUUCUACUUUCAAUGAAUGGAUUCUUCCAGCAAAGGAAUUCGAUGGCAUGUGGGAAAGCUUAAUAUAUGAAUCUGGGCUGAAGGCAAGGUUGCUGCGGUAUGCAGCUAGUGCGUUGCAUUUUACUGAAAAGGGUGUUAAUCCUUUCCUUGUGUCGUGGAAUCGCAUUGUUCUUUUACAUGGGCCUCCAGGGACUGGAAAAACCUCUUUAUGCAAAGCAUUGGCUCAGAAGUUAUCUAUCCGUUUUAACUCCAGAUAUCCACAGUCCCAAUUGGUUGAAGUUAAUGCACAUUCUCUAUUCAGCAAAUGGUUCUCUGAAAGUGGCAAGUUGGUUGCAAAGCUAUUCCAAAAACUUCAAGAGAUGGUAGAGGAGGAAACAAAUCUGGUAUUUGUUUUGAUUGAUGAAGUUGAAAGCCUUGCUGCUGCUAGAAAAUCCGCUUUAUCUGGUUCUGAACCUUCAGAUUCUAUUCGGGUGGUGAAUGCGCUACUAACUCAGCUGGACAAAUUGAAAUCAGCACCAAAUGUGAUAAUUUUGACAACAUCCAACAUAACUGCUGCUAUUGAUAUCGCUUUUGUUGAUCGAGCUGAUAUAAAAGCAUAUGUUGGUCCUCCAACUCUACAAGCGCGUUAUGAAAUCCUAAGGUCCUGCUUAGAGGAACUCAUACGAACAGGAAUUUUAUCAAGUUUUGAGGGUUGUGAAAGCCUCAUGCUUCUGAAUUAUGCUAGCUUGAAAGAGAAAUUGAAUAUGCCUCAGAUUCACGAUGCUCAGACAUCACUACACCUGUGUAGGCAAUUGCUUGAAACUGCAGAAGCGUGUGACGGAUUGAGUGGACGGUCUUUACGAAAGCUUCCAUUCCUAGCGCAUGCUGCUCUUUCAAAUCCUUACAGUUGUGACCCUAGCAAGUUCUUAUGCGCAAUGACAGAUACAGCAAGGAGGGAGCGGUCUGAGAUACCUGAUUGA